GGGACGCUGGCUGCUCGCUCCCCGCCCCUGCGCGCAUGAGCUCGCUCCGCUCCGGCUGCUUCCCGGGAGCCCCGCUCGCUCCCCCGAAAGUGACAAACCGCCGGAGCCGGGGACUCGCUCCAGCCCCCCGGCCCGGAGACAUGGGAGCGCCCCGCACCUGGGCGCGGCGCGCUGCGCUCUGCUGCGCGCUGCUUUGCGCGCCCUGGCUGCCUCUCGGCUGGGCAGGAGAGUGCAAACAGCUGGAGCCCUGUGAGAGGUGCAUUGAAGGAGAUGCUUCCCGGAACAUCACCGGCUGCGUGUGGACACGCUGCGGAGCCACGGAGGAGCCAGGGCCCGGGGGCUGCAUUGAGAAGGGAGAAGCCACCAAGGAGACGUGCUCCACCUACAAUGUCACUGCUACGUGCCCAGCGCGGAGAUCGCCUACCAAGGAGCCUCCGCGCGCCUCCACCAAGGAGACUCAGCACGCAUCCACCAAGGAGCCUGAGAUCCUCACCCCAGGGACGACGGCCGGCCCCCCGCGGACAGCCACCCCCGAGUUCCGCCCGCCUGGCUUCGACUCGGCCAGCUUCGUGGGGGGGAUCGUCCUCGUGCUGAGCGUCCAGGCCGUCUUCUACUUCAUCGUCAAGUUCCUCAAGUCCAAGGACAGCACCUACCAGACGCUGAUCUGACGGCUGCUGCCCAGGGCAGGGCGGUGAAGUGGUUUCCUGUGGGAGGAGGAAUGGACGACGAGGCGGCCGGUGCCCCGGCUGCCCUGCUUGCUCUCGCCCACGCCCCUCUCCCUCCUUGCUGGGGCAGGAGAGCUGGGCACCGUGGAGCUAUGCAAAGUGCUGCCAGGCCGGGUCCUCCAGGCUCGGAGCCGUGUCGUGUCCGUUAGACUCGCCGCGGGGAGGGCUGGCCCCAGAGCCCCGGGGCCACACGCGCUCCAGCCAAGCCUCGGGCCAGUCCCCAGCAAGAUCUGAUGUCGCUGCCUUGUUUAGGAAGCUCAGGGUGCCCUCCUGGUCCUGCUCUCUCUGGAUGGAUGGACCCCCGGGGCUGACAGGCUCAACCCACCUUUGCCGGACCCUCCAUGGUGCAGCUCUGCCUCCCUCUAGCUCUGUUUGAUUGUUCCUUCCCCCCCCCCUUGGGGGCUGGCGAGCUCCCCUUUCCUGCUGGAAUUCCAGUGGGUGGGGGUGAGGGGGGUGAAGCUGGGUCAGCCAUUCACUUGGCCUUCACCUUCUGUCUGCUGGAGGAACGUCCCAUCCCCCCGCAUACACAUACCCUGAGCAUCCUGGCCUGUAACUUCCCACCAGCCUUCAUCUUUGUAACCCCUGCCCGGUCGGGCGGACCAAUCCUCAGGCACAAGGGCUUUCCCAGGCUACGGAGCAGGAGAGGUCUCCCCUAGGCUCAGGUGAGCUCCCUCGUGUUGUUCCUUCCAGAGAUCUCAAGGGACCCACAGCUGGUUUCCUCUUUAAAGGUGGCCUAAGGGCCCCCCCCCCCGCCCCCCCGGAUGUUCCCCAAUUCCUCUCUCUGGUGCCUGACAGCUGGCUUCUCCCCUCCCCGGGCCCGAUCUGCUCUGAGGGGGCUGGUUGGGUUAUUUCCCACGCUGGGGCUGGCGGGACUCUGGGCUCCGACCCCCGGCCAUGCAGCGCUGUGGGAGGAUGGAGUCAUUGCACGCAGAGGAGCAAAUAAAAGCACUUUCUUGGA